AUGGGCUUGAGAGGUUGUUCCAUUGGCUUCAUCACAAAGCUCUCAUGGCUAUUACCUUUCUGCUUCCUCCUCUUUGGUCCCUUUGCAGCAGCAGAAACUCAUCAUUAUAAUUUUGAGGUGAAGUUAUCACCAUUCACCAAGCUUUGCAGCUCCAAGAACAUUUUGACAGUCAAUGGACAGUUUCCAGGGCCAACAUUGGAAGCUCAUAGAGGAGAUAAAAUCACUGUUUAUGUGAUUAACAACACAAAAUAUAAUAUCACUUUCCAUUGGCAUGGUGUCAGACAAAUUAGAAAUCCAUGGUAUGAUGGUCCUGAGUACAUAACACAAUGCCCAAUUCAAGCAGGCAAAAGCUUCAGUUAUGAAAUUCAACUCACCAAAGAAGAAGGAACCAUGUGGUGGCAUGCUCACAGUGGUUGGGCUCGGGCCACAGCCCAUGGGCCUCUCAUUGUUCAUCCAGGCCCAUCAACCUCUUACCCCUUUCCUCAACCCUAUGCACAAAUCCCAAUUGUUAUUGGUGAGUGGUGGAAGGAAGAUGUAAUGGAAAUACCAAAGAAUGCAAAAAGAAGAGGUGGAGAACCAAUACUUUCAGAUGCCUACACUAUCAAUGGCCAACCAGGAUAUCUUUAUCCAUGUUCCAAACAAGAAACAUUUGAGUUAACAAUGGAGCAGGGCAAAACCUAUCUUCUCCGAAUCGUCAACGCAGUUAUGGACGAAGAUCUCUUCUUCGGUAUCGCAAAACAUGAAAUGACAUUAGUCGGAAAAGACGGGAUCUACACUAAACAAAUCAAAACAGAUUACAUAAUGAUCACACCAGGUCAAUCCAUGGACAUAUUGAUCACUGCAAAUCAAUCCCCAGGAAUCUAUAUUAUGGCUACAAGAUCCUACUCAAGUGCUUUUGGUGCUGGCUUUGAUAACUCCACAGCCAUAGCCAUUCUAAAGUACUCAACAACACCACCAACUCCCAAGCUCAACCAUUUUUUCCCUCACUUACCUCCCUAUGAUAGAACCGAAGCAGCAACGGAUUUCACCAAACGUUUACGAAGCUUGACGACUGUAGAUGUUCCAUUAAACGUCGACACUCGUCUGUUCUUCGUUUUAUCGGUUAAUCUAAUGAAUUGCUCUAAUAAUGACAAGCCUUGUGCUGGGCCAUUUGGGAAGAGAUUUGCUGCAAGCAUCAACAAUGUGAGCUUUGUGACACCAUCAGCUUCUUUGCUUGAAGCUUAUUACAACAAUGUCAGUGGCGUGUUUACGACGGAUUUCCCGGAAAAUCCGCCGAGAAAAUUCAACUACACCGGCGAGAAUCUACCGUUGGCUACUUCUUUUGGGACUAGGGUAAUGGUUUUGGAGUAUAAUGCUAGUGUGGAGGUGAUCUUGCAGGGUACUAAUGUGCUUGCAAGUGAUAAUCAUCCUGUUCAUUUGCAUGGCUAUAGCUUUCACGUUGUAGGAUGGGGAUUGGGGAAUUUCAACCCCAAAACCGACCCCAAACACUAUAAUCUCGUCGAUCCACCGGAGGAGACGACGGUUGGAGUUCCUAACAAUGGCUGGGUUGCUAUCAGAUUCAAGGCAAAUAAUCCAGGUAUGUGGUUGAUGCAUUGUCACAUAGAGCGUCACCAAGUAUGGGGCAUGAGUAUGGUGUUCUUAGUGAAAAAUGGAUUUGCUUUAGACCAACAAAUUCUUCACCCACCACAUGAUUUGCCUUCAUGCUACAAUUAG